AUGGCCACCUCCAAGUUUGCUGACCUGCCCGGCAUCGCCUGGAAUGAACCAGAGGUCUAUGAGACCAGUGACACACACAAGGGUGACCAGGCCAAGUUUGAGGUGGAGGAGCUCACCAGCACCAGUGUGGAGCACUUCAUCAUCAAUCCCAACGCUGCCUUUGAGAAGUUCAAGGACAAGCGCCUGGGCACCAAGGGAGUGGAUUUCUCCGACAGUACAAGCAAGACCAGUACAACAGGCUACAAGUCUGGAGAGCAUGAAAACCUCAGUGAGGGUGUUGAUGCAGAGACACCUCAGCAGCAGCAUGAGGUGCAGGAGCUCAUUUGUGAGAUGGAGCAGAUCCAGAGCGUAUUGAAGGAGUCGGAGGCCGAGGAGGAGCUGAUGCCCAUGGCCUUGGCCAGGCAGGCAGAAAGACUGAAGCAGCAGCUGGUCUCCAGGCACCUGGAGAAGCUACUGGGCCCUGCUGCAGCCAGAGACUUUACAGACCCUGAAGGCACGCUGGCCAAGCGCCUGUUGCAGCAUCUGGAGGUGGUGAAGUGCAAGAAGGCAGUGUCAGAGGAGAGACUCAGCAAGACCCCAGCCCCCACUGGAGACAUGCUCACCUUUGAGCUCUUCUGGAGGCCAGAGCAGGACCAGUUCUCCCAGGCUGCUAGAAUUGCAGAUCUGGAGAAGUGGCUGGCACAGCUGGAGGUGAUGGUAUGGUACGAGCCUGACAACCAGAACCCACUGUUGGCUGGGCUGAAGGGCACCAACCUUGUGGAGACCGUGCAGAUCCUCCAAGCCAUAGUGAACAUCUUGGACGUGGCUGUGCUGGACCAAGUGGAGGCCCGGCUGCAGAGUGUCCUGCAGAAGGUCAUUGAAAACACCAAGCACAAGGCAAUCGUGCCAGACCCUGAAACCCAGAGCAAAAUACACCAGGUCCAUGAGAUGAUGCAGCGCUGGGACCCUGUGGCCAGCAGCCUGCCUGACGUGGUACAGCGACUGCUGACCCUCAGGGACCUGCAUGAGGAAGCCACGUGGUUCAUGCAGGCCCUGGUAUACUGGGAGACCACACAGCAGGAGAUGGCUGCUGAUCUCAGGAGCAAGGCCUUGCAGCUGGUGGAGGUCCAGAAGAUGUUCAAGGAAAAUCUGGCCAUUGUAGGGGACAAUUUUUCAUCUCUAAAAGCCCACAUCAAACAGCUGCAGCAGUGA